CCUACCCCCGUUUCUUCCACCUACGGGGAAUCUCCUUUGGACGCUACCGAGUCUUCAAUCCCUACCGCAGGCUCAACCUACAUCAUCGUUUCCGCCACCAGCGGUCAUGCGAUCACCUUUCGCGGCGGGGUCAUCAUCCUUGAGCGUAUUGGGGGACCAGGGAACAUUCGCUGGGAGUGCGUCGAGACGAACGGCUGGUUGGGCUUUCGUGAUCCUGCAUCGGCCCUGUACUUCGGGCGCUGUAAUCAAUCCACUGUUCACUGCAAGGCGCCGCAUCACAAGGGCUGGGAGUUCUAUUGUGUCCGUCAUACUUCCAGGAAUGGCGGGGGGUAUGUGUUGCUU